CCGCCCAAGGGGCGCCGGGCUCAGAGUCCACCCUCUCCCGGUUGCAGCGCGGGGAGAGAAGGUCGGCGGGCCCCGGCGGCGCACGCCCACCUGUCGGCGGCGCAGGCGCAGCAGCGCCCUGGCGCGCCGGCCUCCCCGCGCCCCGCGGCGCGGCGCCCAGUGCGCAGGCGCGGCGGCCGAUGCGAGUGUGUAUGUGCGGGCGAGAAGAUGGCGGCGGCGGGGGAGGCAGCGUGAGGAGUCCGGAGGAGCGCCGAGCUCCAUUGAAACGGGCCGCCAUGGCCCUCCACAACCCGCAGUAUAUUUUUGGAGACUUUAGCCCCGAUGAGUUCAAUCAGUUCUUUGUGACUCCUCGCUCUUCAGUUGAGCUUCCUCCAUACAGUGGAACAGUUUUGUGUGGUACACAGGCUACCGAUGAACUACCUGAUGGACAAGAAUAUCAGAGAAUUGAGUUUGGUGUUAAUGAAGUAAUAGAGCCCAGUGACACUUUGUUGAGAACCCCCAACUACAGUAUUUCAAGCACAUUGAAUCCCCAGGCGCCUGAGUUUAUUCUUGGUUGCACACCUUCCAAGAAGACCCCAGAUGACAUAGAUAAAGAAGCAAACUACAGCUCCAUCGAAUGCCAGUACCCAGACUCUACCCUUGCCUUGGAUGGCAGUUCUCAUGUGGAGGCUGAUGUUUCAGAAAAUGAUGGCAUCUCAGGUGGUCUUGGACAAAGGGAGCGUAAAAAGAAGAAAAAACGGCCACCUGGCUAUUACAGUUACUUGAAGGAUGGCAGUGAUGGAGGUAUCCCCACGGAAGCCCUAGUCAAUGGGCAUGCCGGGUCAGCAGUCCCGAAUAGUGCAAGCCCAGAGGAUGCCGAGUUUUUGGGUGACAUGCCACCAUCGGCCACACCCAGGACUUGUAACAGCCCUCAGAGCUCCAUGGACUUCGUCAGUGACACUGUGCCUGAUGGCUCUUUCCCCAGAGCACUCGAAAGCAAUGCCAGGACUGCGGGGCAGCCCGAGGCUUGCCACCUGACUGACUUUGAGCAGUCAUGCCUCCCUGCAGAGGCUGGCAGAGACAGCCUAGUAAGGACAGCUGGGGCUCAGCCUUGUAUUAGUACUGAUACUACUGAAAACCUUGGCGUUGCUAAUGGACAAAUACUUGAAUCCUUGGAUGAGGGCUCGGCUGCCAAUGGGGUGGAGUUGCACCUGCUGGAGAGCAUGGACUCAGACCCAGCUAAACCUGAGAGCACUUCACCGCCUGCUGACCCCACAGCUGUGGUAGCAGGCUCCCUUCCUCUCAGCCAGCCUGCCAAGUCAUGGGCUAGUCUUUUUCAUGAUUCUAAGCCCUCUUCUUCCUCACCUGUGGCUUAUGUGGAAGCUAAAUAUUCCCCUCCUGCCACAUCUCCCCUGGUCUCUGAAAAGCAGGUUGAAGUCAAAGAAGGACUUGUUCCAGUGUCAGAGGAUCCUGUAGCCAUAAAGAUUGCAGAAUUACUGGAGAAUGUGACUCUAAUACAUAAACCCGUGUCAUUGCAACCUCGCGGGCUGAUCAAUAAAGGCAACUGGUGCUACAUCAAUGCUACGCUGCAGGCAUUGGUUGCUUGCCCUCCGAUGUAUCACCUGAUGAAGUUCAUUCCUCUGUAUUCAAAAGCACAACGGCCUUGUACAUCAACCCCCAUGAUAGAUAGCUUUGUUCGGCUAAUGAAUGAGUUUACUAACAUGCCAGUACCUCCAAAACCUAGACAAGUUCUUGGGGAUAAAAUCAUGAGGGACAUCCGCCCUGGAGCCGCCUUUGAACCCACAUAUAUUUAUAGACUCCUGACAGUUAUCAAGUCGAGCCUGUCUGAAAAGGGCCGACAAGAAGAUGCUGAGGAAUACUUAGGCUUUAUUCUAAAUGGACUUCACGAGGAGAUGUUGAACUUGAAGAAACUUCUCUCCCCAGAUAAUGAAAAGCUUACUGUUUCCAACGGACCCAAAAGCCCCUUGGUAAACGAAGAUGAGCAGGAAGAACCAGGCGAAGGAAGCGAGGAUGAGUGGGAGCAAGUGGGCCCCAGGAACAGGACCUCGGUCACUCGCCAGGCGGAUUUUGUUCAGACCCCAAUCACUGGCAUUUUUGGUGGACACAUCAGGUCUGUGGUUUACCAGCAGAGUUCAAAAGAAUCAGCCACUUUGCAGCCAUUUUUCACACUGCAGUUGGAUAUCCAGUCUGACAAGAUACGUACAGUCCAGGAUGCAUUGGAAAGCUUAGUGGCAAGAGAAUCUGUCCAAGGUUAUACCACAAAAACCAAGCAAGAGGUUGAGAUAAGUCGAAGAGUGACUCUGGAAAAACUCCCUCCUGUUCUUGUCCUACACCUUAAACGAUUUGUCUAUGAGAAGACUGGUGGAUGUCAGAAGCUUAUCAAAAAUAUCGAAUAUCCUGUGGACUUGGAAAUUAGUAAAGAACUGCUUUCUCCAGGGGUUAAAAAUAAGAAUUUUAAAUGCCACCGAACCUACAGGCUCUUUGCAGUGGUCUAUCACCAUGGCAACAGUGCGACGGGUGGUCAUUACACCACAGACGUCUUCCAGAUCGGCCUGAACGGCUGGCUGCGUAUUGAUGACCAGACCGUCAAGGUGAUCAGCCAGUACCAGGUGGUGAAGCCAGCUGCUGAGCGCACCGCCUACCUCCUGUACUACCGCCGCGUGGACCUGCUGUAGCCGCCCUGGGCCUGUGUGCCAGACGCCUGCUUGUACAACGCCAACGCUCACUAACUUUCUUCCUCUUUUUAGUGGCUCUUUAGAGAGAAUCUUUUUCUCCCUUUUGCAAAAAUGGGCUAGAGUGGAAAAGAGGCUCUUUGGACUUUGUGUGCAACGUAGUUUAUGUUGACUUUUAGCGUCCAAAUCAGAAUCGUUUGUUUGAAACAGACUGUCGCUUGAUUUAAGAAAAUACACAAAAACCCAUAUUUCUGAAAUAAUGCCAAUUCCUAAGAUAAGAAAGGGGAAUUUGCAUUUGAUCCCCAGUCUAAUUGCUUAGUAGAGUAAAUCCUGCACCAGCAACAACACUUGUAAAUUUGUGAAAAUGAAUUUUAUCUUUCCUUAAAAAAUAAAAAUUUUUUAGUCCAUUACACUUUCCUCCUCCCCCACCCUUUAGUUUUUGAUAAAUGAUAAAAAUGAGCCAGUUAUCAGAGGAGAAAUAGUUCUUACUUCAAAAUAAAUUAACACAAAAAAUAAGUUGCUGGUUCCUAGCAAGAAAAAAUACAUUUUAAUAAUUGUGCGAUGAAAAACUGCUUACGUACACAUUGCAGAUCAAAUACUGGGAGUUAAAAUGUUGAUCUACAUAGAUGGGUGGUUGUAACUUUAUUAUCAUUCAAAGAUUUCAAAUUGCUCUCAUGCUUCUGUGUACACAUAACAAAAAAUGGGCAAAAUAAUGAAGAUGGACAUUUCCUUAAGUCUGCUCUGUUUGAUUCUGCUCUCUGCUCUUCUCUAAUGCUGCAUCUCUAACUGUACACAGUUCAGUGAUAUCUAGGAGUAUAAAGUUGUCACCCAUCAAUAAAAAUCACAAAGUUGGUUUAAAA